AGCGCUUCCGCCUCCCGCCGUCGCGAUGGCCGUGUCGGCCCCGGACCUCAUCUCGGUCUUUUCAAGCCCGCAGGAGCUCGGCGCAUCGCUGGCGCAGUUGGUGGCACAGCGGGCCGCGUGCUGCCUGGCGGGGGCCCGUGCCCGCUUUGCGCUCGGUCUGUCUGGCGGCAGCCUCGUUUCGAUGCUGGCCCGCGAGCUGCCCGCCGCCAUCGCCCCCGCCGGGCUAGCUGGCCUCACGCACUGGACGCUGGGCUUCUGCGACGAGCGCCUGGUGCCCUUCGAGCACGCUGAGAGCACGUACGGUCUCUACCGGACCCACCUGCUCUCCAAGCUGCCCAUCCCUGACAGCCAGGUGAUCACCAUUAACCCCCAGCUUCCUGUGGAGGAGGCAGCAGAGGACUACGCCAAGAAACUGAGAAAGGCCUUUCAAGGGGACUCCAUCCCAGUUUUUGACCUGCUGAUCCUGGGGGUGGGCCCCGAUGGCCAUACGUGCUCACUCUUCCCAGACCAUCCCCUCUUACAGGAACGGGAGAAGAUUGUUGCUCCCAUUAGUGACUCCCCAAAGCCACCUCCACAGCGUGUGACCCUCACACUUCCUGUAUUGAAUGCGGCCCGAAAUGUCAUAUUUGUGGCAACUGGAGAAGGCAAGGCAGCUGUUUUGAAGCGCAUUUUGGAGAACAAGGAGGACAGCCUGCUUCCUGCCGCCCUUGUCCAACCCCACACUGGGAAACUCUGCUGGUUCCUGGAUGAGGCAGCAGCGGGACUCCUGACUGUACCCUUCGAGAAGCAUUCCACUUUGUAGCUGAUCCCUACGGAUGCCACAGUUGAGACCAUAUUUGGCUUGAGGGGGCUGGGACUUUCUAGGGCUGGGCCCCUCCAUUCCCAUGCUCUAGGCUUCACUUUAGAAAAGCCACAUGGUGCUGACAGGGCCUGUCCACCAGCCCUACCCAGAUAUUAAAAGGAGCAUUUGCUCCAAAUCUCCACUGUCUUGUGGUCUUUGGUGGGCAGUGGGACAAAGGGCUCACAGGCUGACUUGAAGCCCUUGUCCCAGCAGGUGGAGGAUAGGGAUGGGUACCCUCAAUCAGUUUUCCCAGGGCUGUGUAGCAAAGUACCACAGAAUUGAUUGACUCAGUCCUGUAGGCCAGAAGUGUGAAAUCAAGGUGGUGCCAGGGUUGGUUCCUUCUGGAGGCUCUGAGGGAGAGUCUGUCCCAGGCCCCCUCUCCUGGCUUCUGGGGGCUGCCAACAACCCCUGGCUUGUGAUACCAUCACUCCAUUCUCUGCCUUUGUCAUCACAUGGCCUUCUCAUGUGAGUGUCUCUCUGUGUUCUCUUCUGACAUUGGAUAGGGCCACCGUAAAUCCAAGGUGAACUCAUCUCAAGAUCCUUAGCUAAUUACAUCUGCACAGACCCUUAUUUCAUAUUAGUAUGUGUGUGUGUGGUGUAAAGUACACAACAUAAAGUUCACCAUCUCAACCAUUUUCACGUGUGUAGUUCAGUGGCAUUAAGUACAUCCACACUGUUGUACAACCAUCCCCACCAUCACCCAAAACUUUCCAUCUUCCCAAUCUGAAACUCUGUCCCUAUUAAACAGUAACUUCCCAACCCCCUCCCCUAGGCCACCAUCCAUUCUAAUUCUGUCUCUGAAUUUGACUGUUUUAGGGACCUCAUAUAAAUGGGAUCAUACAGUAUUUGUCCUUUUGUGUCGGGCUUCUUUUACUCAGCAUAAUGUCCUCAGAUUCAUCCAUGCUGUCACAUGUGUCACAGUUUCUUUCCUUUUUAUGGCUCAAUAAUAUCCCACUGUGUGGAUGGACCACAUUUUGCUUCUCCAUUCAUCUGUCUGGACACUUGGGUUGCUUCCAUGGUUUAGCUCUUGUGAAUAAAGCUUCUAUAGA